AUAUUCAGAUAUCGAAGUUCAGACUUUCAGAGUCAAACCAUAUUCAGUAAACCAAUUAUAGAAAGUUGUCCACCUUUUCCCGUGAUUCUUUUUCCGUGAUGUAUUACUAGUGCAGUUGAGUUCCAUAAACCUCCAACCUUCUUCUAUGACUGUACAGCAAUGGCUGCCAUUUCAGUUCCUCUCCUCACCCUUCGAUCACCUCAAACCAACCGCCCAUUCCCUUCAUUCUUUAAUCUCAACCGUCCCUUUUCAACUUCACUCUCCUCCAAUUGCAGCUUCAACCAUUUAACAGUCUCAAAUAGUAGUACUUUUUCUAACCAAGCCAUCACCGAAACAACAACCUCUGAUUACUCUACCAUCAAUGUCCAAAACGACGACGCUUUGGACACCACUCUUUUCGUUAUUCGGGCCAAGAACCGAAUUGGCCUUCUCCAAAUCAUCACCCGCGUAUUCAAAGUCCUCGGGCUCACAAUUCAAAAGGCCAUUGUUGAAUUCGAAGGUGAGUUUUUCGUGAAGAAGUUUUUCGUCAGUGAUUCUAACGGUAAGAAGAUUGAGAAAACGGAACAUUUGGAGAAGAUUCAGAAGGCUUUAAUGGAAGCCAUUGAUACUGGCAGAGUAUCGCCGUCGGUGGCGGUGGUUAGUGGGAGAGGAGUGGUUGUGAGGAAAGCUGGGUUGAACUUAGGAGAGAGGAAAGCAAAAGCAGAGAAGAUGUUUGGGUUAAUGGAUGGGUUCUUGAAGAAUGAUGCAGUUAGUUUGCAAAAAGAUAUUCUUGAUCAUGUUGAAUUUACUGUUGCUCGAUCAAGAUUCAAUUUUGAUGAUUUUGAAGCUUACCAGGCAUUGGCGCAUAGUGUCAGGGAUCGGCUUAUUGAACGAUGGCAUGAUACUCACCAGUAUUUUAAGAAGAAAGACCCCAAGCGACUGUACUUCCUUUCGCUUGAGUUUCUUAUGGGUCGUUCUCUAACUAACAGUGUCAUAAACCUUGGCAUCCAGGACCAAUAUGCCGAUGCUUUAAGUCAGCUUGGGUUUGACUAUGAAGUCUUGGCAGAGCAGGAAGGAGAUGCUGCCCUUGGUAAUGGUGGCCUAGCUCGCCUUGCAGCUUGCCAAAUGGAUUCCCUAGCGACAUUGGACUACCCAGCUUGGGGUUAUGGACUACGCUAUCAAUAUGGAUUAUUUCGUCAGAUCAUAGUGGAUGGUUUUCAACAUGAACAACCUGAUUUUUGGUUGAACUUUGGGAACCCCUGGGAGAUUGAACGUGUUCAUGUGUCUUAUCCAGUCAAGUUCUAUGGGACUGUUGAAGAGGAAGUUUUAAAUGGAAAGACAUGUAGAGUUUGGAUACCUGCAGAAUCAGUUGAAGCAGUGGCUUAUGAUAAUCCAAUACCUGGUUAUGGAACGCGAAAUGCCAUCAACCUACGACUUUGGGCUGCUAAACCAAGUGAUCAAUAUGAUAUGGAGUCUUACACCACUGGAGACUAUAUUAAUGCUAUUGUUAACAGACAGAAGGCUGAAACCAUAAGUAAUGUGCUGUAUCCUGAUGACCGUUCUUACCAGGGUAAGGAACUGCGGUUGAAGCAACAGUAUUUCUUUGUUUCAGCAUCACUACAAGACAUAAUAAGGAGGUUUAAGGAUUUACAUAAUAACUUUGAUGAGUUUCCAGAGAAGGUUGCUCUUCAGAUAAAUGAUACACAUCCGUCAAUUGCCAUUGCUGAGGUAAUGAGAGUGCUUGUUGAUGAAGAACACUUGGAUUGGAGCAAAGCAUGGGGUAUUGCUUGCAAGAUUUUCUCAGUCACCAUUCACGCGGUACAACCUGAAGCACUUGAGAAAGUUCCCAUAGAUCUCCUGGGUAGUGUUCUUCCUCGGCAUUUAGAGGACUUUUAUGAGCUGUGGCCUCAGAAAUUUCAGUUCAAGACUAAUGGAGUAACUCAGCGCCGUUGGAUAGUGGUGAGCAAUCCUAGCUUGUGUUCAAUUAUUUCAAAAUGGCUUGGGACAGAAGCAUGGAUCCGUAAUGUGGACCUCAUAGCAGGUUUACGAGAAUAUGCAGAAGAUCCAGAUCUACAUGCCGAAUGGAAGAAUAUGAAGAAGGUUAACAAAAUGAGGCUGGCUGAGUACAUUGAAACACUUACAAGCGUGAAGGUCAGCUUGGAUGCAAUGUUUGACGUGCAGAUAAAACGAAUACAUGAAUACAAAAGACAACUGCUCAACAUAUUAGGCAUCAUCCACAGAUAUGAUUGCAUUAAGAAUAUGGAUGAAAGUGACAAGCGGAGAGUUGUACCUCGUGUAUGUAUAAUUGGUGGGAAAGCUGCCCCUGGCUAUGAAGUUGCAAAGAAGAUCAUCAAACUUUGUCAUGUGGUGGCUGAUAAAGUUAACAUUGAUCCUGAUGUUGGGGAUCUCCUGAAAGUGGUUUUCAUCCCUGAUUAUAAUGUCUCUGUUGCCGAACUAGUAAUUCCGGGAACUGAUCUUUCACAGCACCUAAGUACUGCUGGACAUGAAGCAUCUGGAACUGGAUGUAUGAAAUUUUUGAUGAACGGUUCUUUAUUGUUAGCUACUGCAGAUGGCUCAGCUGUUGAAAUUGCUGAAGAAAUAGGGGCAGCAAACAUGUUUCUUUUUGGUGCAAAGGUAGACGAGGUCCCAGCGUUGCGAGAAAAAGGAACCAGCCUCAAAGGUUCACUUCAAUUUGCACGAGUUGUAAGGAUGGUCCGGGAUGGUCACUUUGGCUUCAAAGACUACUUCAAGUCGCUAUGUGACACUGUAGAGGAGGGUAAAGACUUUUAUCUCCUGGGAUCUGAUUUUGCUAGUUAUUUAGAGGCUCAGGCGGCCGCUGAUAGAGCAUUUGUUGAUCAAGAAAAGUGGACCCAAAUGAGCAUACUUUCUACUGCCGGUUCAGGGAAAUUCAGCAGCGAUAGAACAAUAGAAGAAUAUGCAGAACAGAGUUGGGGCAUCGAACCCUGCAAAUGCCCCUUUUGAUUUGCAAAACUGUGCCUUGCAUGCCACACAUUUCCUAUAGGAAGAAACAUGGUUUGUGCAGCAAUAGUAACCGUGUAUCCUAAUUUGACGAUACAGAAAGCAGUGACUGCAAGAAACACUUGUAAGGGAGCUCUUAUAGUUGCAGAUAAAAUGUCUUUCCUGAAUGCUGAUUUGAAUCAUGUAACAUGGUUAUUUUGACUGGGGCUAGUCGACUUUAUUUUAUAUCAACUAUGGUAUGCAAGUAGCUCCUUAAACGAACAUGGGAAGAUGUAAAACUUAGAAGUCUCCCUUUUAUUUCCUAGAAUAUUGGGUUGUAAGAGAUUCUCAAUCUUUCCAAUGCAAGUUACCAGUAUUUGAUAUUU